AAAAUUACAUUAUCAAUAACCCGUCAUUACCAACUGAAGAUCUAGAGUUAAAGGUGUUCAAAAUGGCAAGUUGCAUAAUUUUGUGUUUAGUUUGUUUAGUUUUAUCAUUCAGUUUUAUAUAUGGACAACAGAACGAAGAGGAUAUAGCAUGUAGAAGGGAGCAUGGUACGUGUACACGACAUGUCUACGAAAACACUCGACUUGUCGCGUUAAGAAGCUCCGGUUGUCAGAGGUUUUGCCAGUGUGCGCAUGCGUCUACUGAACUAGAUGGCAGUGUAACCUAUAAGUGGGUGCAACACACAUGUCCACCGACCACCUUGUUUGAUGACAGUCUUCCUGCACCGGUGUGUAAUCACGCGAAAUAUGUGCAAUGCCAUGACGUUGAUGGUGAGGAUUGCAGAAGUGAACAUGGUGCUUGCACCCGGUUCAUGUACGAGAACGUUCGCUUAGUUGCACUGACAAGCUCUGGCUGUAAGAAGUUUUGUCAGUGCGCGCAUGCGUCAACAGAGUUGGAUGGGUCUGUAACGUAUCAGUGGACUGAGCACACAUGUCCUGCUCAGACGCUGUUUGAUAGCAGCAUUCGAGUCUGUAACUUUGCUGAUCGUGUCCAAUGCGAUGGGAAUCCGGGGCAGAAUGCGUUAACUACUACAUCACGACCUUGGGUGCAUGAAACAACCCCAAUUGUCGCAGAUGAAGCAAGCAAAGAUUGUUUUGCGGAAUAUGGUUAUUGUACAAGGGAUCAGUAUGAAAAUGUAAGACUUGUUGCACUCAGAAGCUCUGGUUGUAAGAAUUUCUACCAAUGUGCACCUGCCUCAACCGAACUCGACGGAUCUGUGACAUAUAAGUGGGUGAAAAAGACAUGCCCAUCAAACACACUGUUUGAUGAGAGCCUUCCGACACCCGUCUGUAACCAUGAUUAUGAGGUCCAAUGUCCUGAUUCCGAUGAGGAAAACGAAGACUGUACAACUCAAUAUGGUACGUGCACACAAUACAUGUACGAAAAUGUCCGACUUGUGCCAAAACGAAGCUCAGGGUGCAAGAAGUUCUGUCAGUGUGCGCAUGCGUCUACUGAACAAGAUGGUUCCGUCACGUAUAAAUGGGUUGAACAUGAUUGUCCCGAAGGACUUUUGUUUGAUAAAAAUAUCAGAGUCUGCAAUUACGCUGCAAAUGUGGAAUGCAGUGGCUAUCAAGAAAGAAAACGAAUACUUGAGAUUUUACGGCAGUUGAUCUCUCCACAAGGUGAAGAUGAGGAUUGUUUCCAGGAAUAUGGUACAUGUACACAGUCCCAGUAUGAAAACGUAAGACUUCUUGCGCUUAGGAGCUCUGGUUGUAAGAACUUCUGUCAGUGUACGCAUGCGUCAACCCAGUUAGAUGGUUCCGUGACGUACAAAUGGGUAAAACAGACAUGUCCUGAGGAAACAUUAUUCGAUCAGGACCUUGAUACGCCUGUCUGUAAUCAUGAAGCAAAGGUUCGGUGCCCGAGUGUCAUCGCCGUUGAAGAUGGGUGCUCAAAGGAACACGGAAAUCCGGGGCAGAAUGCGGUAACUACUACAUUACGGCCUUGGGAGCAGGAAACAACCCCAGUUUCCACAGACGAAGCAAGCAACGAAUGUUUUGCGGAAUAUGGUUUUUGUACAAGGGAUCAGUAUGAAAAUGUAAGACUUGUUGCACUCAGAAGCUCUGGUUGUAAGAAUUUCUACCAGUGUGCACCUGCUUCAACCAAACUCGACGGAUCUGUGACAUAUAAGUGGGUGAAAAAGACAUGCCCACCUUCCACUUUGUUUGAUGAGAGCCUACCAACACCCGUCUGUAACCAUGAUUAUGAGGUCCAAUGUCCUGAUUCCGAUGAGGAAAACGAAGACUGUACAACUCAAUAUGGUACGUGCACACAAUACAUGUACGAAAAUGUCCGACUUGUGCCAAAACGAAGCUCGGGGUGCAAGAAGUUCUGUCAGUGUGCGCAUGCGUCUACUGAACAAGAUGGUUCCGUCACGUAUAAAUGGGUUGAGCAUGAUUGUCCCGAAGGACUUUUGUUUGAUAAAAAUAUCAGAGUCUGCAAUUACGCUGCAAAUGUGGAAUGCAAUGGCUAUCAAGAAAGGAAACGAAUACUUGAGAUUUUACGACAGUUGGUCUUUCCACAAGGUGACGAUGAGGAUUGUUUCCAGGAAUAUGGUACAUGUACACAGUCCCAGUAUGAAAACGUAAGACUUGUUGCGCUAAGGAGCUCUGGUUGUAAGAACUUUUGUCAGUGUGCGCAUGCGUCAACCCAGUUAGAUGGUUCCGUGACGUAUAAAUGGGUUAAACAGACAUGCCCUGAGAAAACAUUAUUCGAUCAGGACCUUGAUACGCCUGUCUGUAAUCACGAAGCUAAGGUUCAGUGCCCGAGUGUCAUCGCCGUUGAAGAUGGGUGCUCAAGGGAACACGGGAAUCCGGGGCAGAAUGCGCUAACUACUACAUCACGGCCUUGGGUGCAGGAAACAACCCUUAUUGCCACAGAUGAAGCAAGCAACGAAUGUUUUGCGGAAUAUGGUUAUUGUACAAGGGAUCAGUAUGAAAAUGUAAGACUUGUUGCACUCAGAAGCUCUGGUUGUAAGAAUUUCUACCAGUGUGCACCUGCUUCAACCAAACUCGACGGAUCUGUGACAUAUAAGUGGGUGAAAAAGACAUGCCCACCUUCCACUCUGUUUGAUGAGAGCCUUCCAACACCCGUCUGUAACCAUUAUUAUGAGGUCCAAUGUCCUGAUUCCGAUGAGGAAAACGAAGACUGUACAACUCAAUAUGGUACGUGCACACAAUACAUGUACGAAAAUGUCCGACUGGUGCCAAAACGAAGCUCAGGAUGCAAGAAGUUCUGUCAGUGUGCGCAUGCGUCUACUGAACUAGAUGGUUCCGUCACGUAUAAAUGGGUUGAGCAUGAUUGUCCCGAAGGACUUUUGUUUGAUAAAAAUAUCAAAGUGUGCAAUUACGCUGCAAAUGUGGAAUGCAGUGGCUAUCAAGAAAGGAAACGAAUACUUGAGAUUUUACGACAGUUGGUAUCUCUACAAGGUGACGAUGAGGAUUGUUUCCAGGAAUAUGGUACAUGUACACAGUCCCAGUAUGAAAACGUAAGACUUGUUGCGCUAAGGAGCUCUGGUUGUAAGAACUUCUGUCAGUGUGCGCAUGCGUCAACCCAGUUAAAUGGUUCCGUGACGUACAAAUGGGUUAAACAGACAUGCCCUGAGAAAACAUUAUUCGAUCAGGACCUUGAUACGCCUGUCUGUAAUCACGAAGCUAAGGUUCAGUGCCCGAGUGUCAUCGCCGUUGAAGAUGGGUGCUCAAGGGAACACGGGAAUCCGGGGCAGAAUGCGGUAACUACUACAUCACGGCCUUGGGUGCAGGAAACAAUCCCAAUUGCCACAGAUGAAGCAAGCAACGAAUGUUUUGCGGAAUAUGGUUAUUGUACAAGGGAUCAGUAUGAAAAUGUAAGACUUGUUGCACUCAGAAGCUCUGGUUGUAAGAAUUUCUACCAGUGUGCACCUGCUUCAACCAAACUCGACGGAUCUGUGACAUAUAAGUGGGUGAAAAAGACAUGCCCACCUUCCACUCUGUUUGAUGAGAGCCUUCCAACACCCGUCUGUAACCAUUAUUAUGAGGUCCAAUGUCCUGAUUCCGAUGAGGAAAACGAAGACUGUACAACUCAAUAUGGUACGUGCACACAAUACAUGUACGAAAAUGUCCGACUGGUGCCAAAACGAAGCUCGGGGUGCAAGAAGUUCUGUCAGUGUGCGCAUGCGUCUACUGAACUAGAUGGUUCCGUCACGUAUAAAUGGGUUGAACAUGAUUGUCCCGAAGGACUUUUGUUUGAUAAAAAUAUCAGAGUCUGCAAUUACGCUGCAAAUGUGGAAUGCAGUGGCUAUCAAGAAAGGAAACGAAUACUUGAUAUUUUACGACAGUUGGUAUCUCUACAAGGUGACGAUGAGGAUUGUUUCCAGGAAUAUGGUACAUGUACACAGUCCCAGUAUGAAAACGUAAGACUUGUUGCGCUAAGGAGCUCUGGUUGUAAGAACUUCUGUCAGUGUGCGCAUGCGUCAACCCAGUUAAAUGGUUCCGUUACGUACAAAUGGGUUAAACAGACAUGCCCUGAGAAAACAUUAUUCGAUCAGGACCUUGAUACGCCUGUCUGUAAUCACGAAGCUAAGGUUCAGUGCCCGAGUGUCAUCGCCGUUGAAGAUGGGUGCUCAAGGGAACACGGGAAUCCAGGGCAGAAUGCGCUAACUACUACAUCACGGCCUUGGGUGCAGGAAACUACCCCAAUUGCCACAGAUGAAGCAAGCAACGAAUGUUUUGCGGAAUAUGGUUAUUGUACAAGGGAUCAGUAUGAAAAUGUAAGACUUGUUGCACUCAGAAGCUCUGGUUGUAAGAAUUUCUACCAGUGUGCACCUGCUUCAACCAAACUCGACGGAUCUGUGACAUAUAAGUGGGUGAAAAAGACAUGCCCACCUUCCACUCUGUUUGAUGAGAGCCUUCCAACACCCGUCUGUAACCAUGAUUAUGAGGUCCAAUGUCCUGAUUCAGAUGAGGAAAGUGAAGACUGUACAACUCAAUAUGGUACGUGCACACAGUACAUGUAUGAAAAUGUCCGACUUGUGCCAAAAAGAAGUUCGGGGUGCAAGAAAUUCUGUCAGUGUGCGCAUGCGUCUACUGAGCUAGAUGGUUCCGUCACGUAUAAAUGGGUUGAACAUGAUUGUCCCGAAGGACUUUUGUUUGAUAAAAACAUCAAAGUCUGCAAUUACGCUGAUAAUGUUGAAUGCAGUACAGGCAAUCAAGAAUGGGAAAGAAUACUUGAGAUUUUACGGCAGUUGGUCUCUCCACAAGGUGACGAUGAGGAUUGUUUCCAGGAAUAUGGUACAUGUACACAGUCCCAGUAUGAAAACGUAAGACUCGUUGCGCUUAGGAGCUCUGGUUGUAAGAACUUCUGUCACUGUGCGCAUGCGUCAACCCAGUUAGAUGGUUCCGUGACGUACAAAUGGGUUAAACAGACAUGCCCUGAGAAAACAUUAUUCGAUCAGGACCUUGAUACGCCUGUCUGUAAUCAUGAAGCUAAGGUUCGGUGCCCGAGUGUCAUCGCCGUUGAGGAUGGGUGCUCGAGAGAACAUGGUAUUUCUCUUUUUGGACGGUUGUCGAAGAUAUACCAACCAGUGCAAACAUAUCCAUCGAAUUAAUAUACAUGUGUAUAUACGGGAAAAAUCCUUAUUCGAUCUUUUUCACCCCUGUGAUUUCGAAACUCCGUUAGAAUGAAAUAGUCCGGUGCUUUAAUAGGAGUCAAUAGACGCUUACAGUUUACUGAUGAUUAAAGCGACCUGGUUAUUCCUUUGAACUGUGAAUAAUAAUGUAAAUGAAUGUUUGAUAACAAAAGAAAUUAGUGCCCGAUACAGUUAUAUGAAUUUCAACGUACGCCGCCGAAACUGAAAUUUAUUUUCUGUUUUGAUGUCAGAUUCCAAAGUAUAUCUACUUCCUGUACAGUAGUCUGAGUACAUCAAACUUUAAAAGAAUGCGGGGGCUAGGUCGAAAUUAACAGGCGUUGGAUUUUUUUAAAGCAUAUACUGAUUGCUCCUCUCCUCUUUCACAUAUAUUGCAUCAAUAUUUUUCACGAUAAAUGCCCAAACUAUUUGAAACAAAACUUUAUUAAAGUAGCUGAGAUACAUACAAAGACAAGAUUUAGUAAAAACAAUUUUGUAGUUCCUAAAAUUGCAUCCUUUGAGUCAAGGACAUUCUUCUAUCAGACAAUUUUUGAUUGGAAUGCUCUGCCAAGCAGCUUAAAAGGUAUAAAAAAAAUAAGUCAAGUUUCAAAUCUGCUUUAAAAGCGCAUCUGUUUAAAGAAGGUAAAUAACUUGAGGAAAGCCAAGUUAUAAGAUAUUAAUGUGUAGUUUUCAAAUUCAGUUGUUAUUUAAACUUUAGUUUUUAUUACUUAGGUACUCACUAAAAUACAUUCUCUUUAGUACUUCCUCUUUAUUUUAUUCUUCUUUCGCGUAUUUGUUUUUCAUUGUUUUCAUGGAUGUGUUUUUUGUUGUUUUUUGUUUACUUAACAUAUAACUAAAUCGGUGCAGUAAUGAGUCGAGGACCCCUUUGGAAAAAAUAAGUGCUCUUUGAGCUACUUUCAUGGGUUAUCCUUCGUAUAAGAUCAGCGGAGAAUAAUUUAUGAAGCAAGACUAAAUUUGAAAUAACUUUUUUUAUGAUUUUUUAUUAUUAUUUAAUCAUUGUCUUUUUUUAUAUAACUUUUAUAAAAACUAUCUAUUCGUAUUUUUAUCUGUGAUUAAGCAAUAUCAUGUGAAUGUAAGUCAAAUGUUAGUUUUAGAAAUUGUUCCCUUAGUUUAAAUAUUUUACAAAACAUAUCUUACUUAAUGCGAUAUUUGUAGUUUUAAAUUGUAUAUAUGAUCUUAUACCUGAAUAAAUCUAUCUAUCUAUGA